UAGUCACGUCCGUUUGCUUUUUGCGAUUUAGGGUUUGAAGGAGCUUUAUCACCAUGUCGGCUUUGACACUGCGUCGGAACAUAGACUUCGGCAAUGGCGGUGCAUUUCCGGAGAUUCACAUGCCUCAGUACCCUCUCGGCAUGGGGAGGGAUAAGAUCUCAAAACCCGGGACGAAGAUUCUUCCAGUUACAGUUGAUGCCAAUGGGGACAUUGCGUAUGACGUUCUUGUGUUUGAGAAUUCGAAAAAAAUUGUCUACUCCCAACACAAGGAUCUGGUGCCGAAAAUUUUAAAGGAUGAGGAGAUAGAUAAGGAUGAGAAGGAGGAGGAGGAGUUGCAAGAGGUGACUAGAGCGGAAACGAAAGCGGCAAUCGAGAAAACGAUGAACGUAUUAUUGAGCGGUGCGCAGCCGAAUAAUGUGCCCAAGCAAUCGUCGGACUUGAAAUAUUUUAAGUUCAUGCCGUCGGAGAAGUCAGGGGCGUUUAAUUCCGGCGCCAAGGAGAGGAUGAUAAAGAUGGUGGAGAAGCCUGUGGACCCACUUGAGCCGCCAAAGUUCAAGCACAAGCGUGUUCCUAGGCCUUCUGGUUACUCGCCCGUGCCAGUCAUGCAAUCACCUCCCAGGCCUGUGAGUUCGAAGGACCAGAAGGAAUGGACCAAGAUUCCGCCAUGUACUUCAAACUGGAAGAACCCGAAAGGGUAUACAAUUCCGUUGGACAAACGUCUUGUGGCUGAUGGGAGAGGCCUUCAUGAUGUUCUGAUUAAUGAUAAUUUUGCAAAGCUCGCCGAGUCUUUGUAUGUAGCGGAGGAGAAGGCUAGGGAGGAAAUCGAAGCAAUAAAUCAAGUUAAGCUAGAACUCAAUAAAAAGGAGAAGGAAAAGAAAGAGAGGGAGUUGAGGGAAUUAGCUCGGAAAGCUCGUUCUGAAAGAGCUGGAAUGGAUGCGGAUGUGCCAAAGGAGACGGUAGAGGAAAGACAAGGGAGGUUGGAACAGACUAAGAUUCGUGAGGAGAAGCAUGGAGAGAGGAAAACGAAGAGAAGGUUGGAGGAAAAAGAUGGAGCAAUGGGGAAGAAAAGUAAAACUACUAGAGAUAGAGAUCGAGAUAUUAGCGAGAAAGUUGCCCUAGGCAUGCCCAAUGUUGGAGGAGCGGGCGGCGGAGGGGGAGAGGUUAUGUAUGACCAUAGGCUGUUCAACCAGGAGAAAGGAAUGGACUCAGGGUUUGCCACAGAUGAUCAGCACAAUGUUUACGACAAGGGCUUGAUUAUGUCCCAGCCUACAAUUUCAACCCUAUACAGGCCUACGAAAGAUGUUGAUAGCAAAAUGUAUGGCGGCGCUGAUGAGCAGUUGGAUAAGAUUAGGAAGACAGGUGGCUUCAAACCUGACAGAGGGUUUGGAGGAACUGAUGAGAGGGCAGCAGGACAAAGAGAUGGACCGGUUGAGUUUGAGAGGGAUGUUGCUGAAGAAGCCGAUCUAUUUGGUCUGGACCGAUUAAUAACAAAGAUGAAGAAGGCUGAGAACGCCACGGACUAGGAUGGAACACGAGGACAAUGGGAGCAAGUGUUGGUGGUGGAUGAGAAAUGACUUUCAAACGGGCUUCAUCAGAAGAAAUCGUUAUGCUAUUCAGUGCUCAAUUGUCUUUGUUGUCAUGGGGUUUUUUAUUUUCAGUGGGUCUUAUCUAGUUGCUAUAUAUCUCAACCAUGAUUGUUUAUUAACUCAAAACCUUCUUAUAACAUAUUUUGUCUAUU